UGAGUUCUAUUCCUGUACCAGAAAGAAAAAAAAAGAAAGAAAGAAAAGAGUUAAUUGGAUUCACUUAUACCAACUGUGUGGUAUUUGGGAGGCAUAUACAAUUUGUUCUUUCAUAUCUGCAGGCUCUGCAUCCUCAGAUUGGACCAGCCAUAGAUUGAAAAAAUUCCUGGGGAUGGGGUCUACAUUUGGGCUGAAAAUGUACAGAUUUUUUUCUUGCCACUAUUUCCUCAGCAGUGCAGUAUAGUAGCUACGCAACAGCAUUGAAUUGGGUAUUGUAAGUAAUCUAGAAAUGAUUUGAAGUAUAUGGGAGGAUGUAUGUCAACUAUAUGCAAAUAUUAUACCAUUUUACACAAGGGACUUGAUUAUCCUGAUGUUUUUGGUAGCUGCAGAAGGUCCAGGACUCCAUCCAUCCUCCAUGCAUACCAAGAGACAACUGUAAGAGGAGAAAAUAGAAUCUGAUUAAGAGGAGAAAACAGAAUCUGAUUAAGAGGAGAAAACAGAAUCUGAUUAAGAGGCUAAAUGUCUUUUUUUUUUUCUGGAGAAAAUGUGUAGUUUUCAUGCUGAGGCUGGGUGGCAGCUAUUUUCAGUAAUCGGGGCCUGCAGGAUUAAAUUACGGCGACAGUCUGCCACUGGGUAAGAGUGAAGUUAUGUAGUGAAGUGAGGGGUCUUACUGCCACGGGUAAGUACCAAGGGAAAGAGGGAGGACAUUGGUGUUAGAUUACUCCAUAAAACUAAUAUCAUUCUACUUGAUAUUACAUUUGUCCCUUAGUGUCAACUUUGUCCUUUACAGUGCUUUCUCUAUGCUGGAUCUACAUUAUUUCAUUUACUCAUGUAGAUUAUUAUUUGCAUUUGACACUAGCCACACUGAGACUCAGAUUAAAUAGCCUGCUUUGAUUUUAGGUAGGGUCUUGCUGUGCUGUCCGGCUGUCCUUGAACUCUCAGUGACCUUCCCUCCUGUCUUCCAAGCGCUGCGAUUACGGGCCGUGCCCCACUACUCUAUACCCUGCUACUGUUUUAAUAAUUUGAAGUGAGAAAGAAAAUGCAGUGGAAUCUCAUUACUUUAAAUGGCAUUAAUUCUCAAUUUAUGAUCAUUUUGGCAGGAACCAAACUAAAGUUUACAUUUGUGCUAUGAAGAAAGAACUUCCAAACACACACGUGUGCUGUAGUAUUUAACCCCACCCAAUUUCCCCCCAGAUUCAGAAGAAGAUGUUGUUGAAACUCCUGCAGUAUCCCACGAUGAACACACACAUCAAGAGAUAAAGGGCCAAAAAACACUAGCAACUCCUGCUGUGCGUCGCCUGGCUAUGGAAAACAAUAUUAAGUUGAGUGAAGUUGUUGGCUCAGGAAAAGAUGGCAGGAUACUUAAAGAAGAUAUUCUCAACUAUUUGGAAAAACAGACAGGAGCCAUAUUACCUCCAUCACCAAAAGCUGAAAUUAUAUCACCUCCACCAAAACCAAAAGAUAGGACUGUUCCCAUAUCAAUAUCAAAGCCUCCAGUAUUCAUAGGCAAAGAUAAAACAGAACCUGUAACAGGCUUUCAAAAAGCAAUGGUCAAGACCAUGUCUGCAGCUCUGAAGAUACCUCACUUUGGGUAUUAUGAUGAGGUUGAUCUUACUGAACUGCUCAAGCUACGAGAAGAAUUAAAACCCAUUGCUUUGGCUCGUGGAAUUAAACUAACCUUCCUGCCUUUUUUCAUAAAGGCUACUUCUUUGGGAUUACUACAGUUUCCAAUCCUUAAUUCUUCAGUGGAUGAAAACUGCCAGACUAUAACGUACAAGGCUUCUCAUAACAUUGGGAUAGCAAUGGAUACUAAGCAGGGGUUGAUCGUCCCUAAUGUGAAAAAUGUCCAGGUCUCCUCUGUAUUUGAGAUUGCCACUGAACUGAACCGCCUCCAGGAUCUGGGUUCUUCGGGUCAGCUCAGCACUGCUGACCUUACUGGAGGAACAUUUACUCUUUCCAACAUUGGAUCGAUUGGUGGUACUUAUGCCAAAGCAGUGAUAUUGCCACCUGAAGUAGCAAUUGGGGCCCUUGGGUCAAUCCAGGCCCUUCCUCGAUUUAACCAGAAAGGAGAAGUAUAUAAAGCACAGAUAAUGAAUGUGAGCUGGUCCGCUGAUCACAGGAUUAUUGACGGAGCUACAAUGGCUCGCUUCUCUAAUUUGUGGAAAUCCUACCUAGAAAACCCAGCUUUUAUGCUUCUAGAUCUGAAAUGAAUAUUAAGACAUUCUUGAACUUUUUGAAUUUCCAAAGAGUAUGUAAAACCUAGCUGUGGUGCACAUAUUCUUGUAACUUGUGUUGUAAAUGAUGUGUAUUAUAUGAUUAAGGUUCUAAAGCACAGUACUUAGCACUAUUUUGUUAGACCUUUUAGAGAAAAUGAAUAAUGGUGGAACAGUUCUCCUGGAACUGUCACAUUUCAUAACUCAAGAGUGUGACUUCUUAAUAUGGUGCUUUGGUCUUUGUAUUGAUGGACUGAAACUGUCAGGAAAACAAAGUUACUGUUACUAAAAGACAGCCAUAUACAUACAGACUUUCUCUCUCUCUCUGUUUCUUUCUUUCUCUUUUUUAAAAUUUUAACUAAUAUUUAGUGAAAC